AUGAGCAAACAAAAGUCGACAACAACUGUUAUCAGUGGUGCAGCAGCGAUGCCUAGCACCACCACUAUUACCAACGCGAACAAUCGUGCUGCUGCUGUGCUACCUCGACCUAGGCGUCGGGUUCUUCAAAAUUUCCGGCUUCUAUGGCUUGAUGCCAAAUUGGAUGAGUCCAAUGACGAUUUCAAGAAAUCGUUUCGACGCCUGCGACGUGUUGUAGCAAGCAUCGAAACAUUUAAAGAUGCUCAAGAAUGCAUUGAUUUUCUCAGUGCCGUUACAAAUCAAAAGGUAUUUAUGAUCGUAUCUGGUUCACUGGGACGGCAAAUAAUAGCAGAUAUUGAAGCAUGGCCACAACUGGAGUCAGUCUAUGUAUUCUGUCGCAACCAAGCAGCUCAUGAACAAUGGGCCAAUAAAGUACCAAAGGUUAAAGGUGUAUACACAAAAAUCAAACCGAUCUGUAAGGCCUUGCAAAUCGAUCGCGAAAAUUGUGAUCGAGCAAUGAUCUCGAUCAGCUUUAAUGGUCGUGAUGCCUUAUUUAUGUAUACGCAAUUAUUAAAAGAAGCACUUUUGGAAAUUGAAGAUGACGAUGUCAAAUCAAUUAAAGAUCUCGUAGAGUACUGUCGUCUUCAAGAUGAUGUUGAUGAAGAUGAAAUAAAAAAAGUGCAGCGAGAAUACCGAAAUCAUACAUCAAUUUGGUGGUAUACGGCUCCUUAUUUCAUGUACUCAAUGCUCAAUCGUGGGCUCCGAGAAAUGGAUGUCGAUAUUAUCCUGAAAAUGGGCUUUUUCAUACGUCAUUUACAUCAACAUAUUACCGAAUUACAUCGUGAACAACAAGGGAACAUGCCAACAAAUUUUCAAGUCUUCCGUGGACAAGGUUUGUCCAUGGAAGAUUUUGAAAAAAUGAAAAAAACCAAAGGAGGACUUAUGUCCUUCAAUAAUUUCUUAUCAACAAGUCGCAAUCGCAAGAUUUCCCUGGAAAACUUUGCACUACCAGCUACAAACAAUCCUAAUUCAGUCGGCAUCCUCUUUAUUAUGAACAUUGAUACGGCUAUUUGUACAAAAUCAUCAACACCAUUUGCUGAAGUAAGUAAAGUUGGGUACUACAAAGAUAAAGAGGAAGAAAUACUCUUUUCAACACAUGCGAUUUUUCGUAUCGAUCGCAUUGAACGAAUUCACGAUAAUCACUCUGAUAGGCUAUACGAAGUUAAUCUCACUAUUGUGGGUAAUGACAAUCAUGAAUUGAACACACUUACAGCACACAUACGUAAGGACCUUGGUGUGCGCACAGGAUGGUCUCGACUAGGUCGUAUACUAAAAAGAGUGGGCGAACCUGCAAAAGCCGAACAACUCUAUCAAAUUCUCCUUGCAAAGGCGUCUUCUGAUGAAGAUCGAGCGGAAUACAAUUAUCAACUUGGCUGGGUGUAUAAUGACAUGGGCGAGUACUCAAAAGCACUUUCAUCCUAUGAACGAUCACUUGAAAUCCGUAAAAUAGCUCUCCCUCCGAAUCAUCCCGACUUGGCUGCUUCCUACAACAAUAUCGGUAUGGUGUAUCAUAACAUGGGCGAGUACUCAAAAGCACUUUCACAUUACGAAAAGGCACUUGAUAUCGACCAGAGAGCUCUUCCACCAAAUCAUCCCGACUUGGCUUCUGACUACAACAACAUCGGUGCGGUGUAUGAUAACAUGGGCGAGUACUCAAAAGCACUUUCAUCGUAUGAACGAUCACUUGAAAUCCAGAAAAUAGCUCUCCCUCCGAAUCAUCCCGACUUGGCUGCUUCCUACCUCAACAUCGGUUCCGUGUAUAAUAACAUGGGCGAGUACUCGAAAGCACUUUCAUCGUAUGAACGAUCACUUGAAAUCCAGAAAAUAGCUCUCCCUCCGAAUCAUCCCGACUUGGCUUCUUCCUACGAAGGUAUCGGGUUGGUGUAUAAAAACAUGGGCGAGUACUCAAAAGCACUUUCAUCGUAUGAACGAUCACUUGAAAUCAAGAAAAUAGCUCUCCCUCCGAAUCAUCCCGACUUGGCUACUUCCUACAACGGUAUUGGUUUGGUGUACGAUAAAAUGCGAGACUAUUCGAAAGCAUUAUCAUACUUUGAGAAAGCACGUGGUAUUUGGGAAAAGGCUCUCCCUUCAAAUCAUUGGUAUAUUUCACAUGUAAAAGGAAACAUUGAAAAUGUAAAAAAGAAAAUGUAA